UUAAUCGCCGUACAUUGACUUUUCGCUACUAAAAUCAUUUUGUCGCCGAAUGAAAAAUAAAAAAAUUAUUUUUUUUACCUUUGACAACCAAAAUUUUGAUCUCCAAAAGUUUAUUUUCAACGACAAAAAAAAAUUUUAGUCACCGUAUAUUAAGUUUUGGUUACUUAACCAUUUAGUCACCAAAUGAAAAAUAAAAAAAUUAUUUUUUUACCUUUUGGUCACCGAAAGUUUAUUUUCAGCGACAAAAAGAAUUUUAGCCACCAAAAAACUAAAAUUUUGGAGGGAGGCAUUUCAAAUAUUUUUGAGGAAUUUAUAAAAUACUUUCAACGACAAAAUAUUUUAGUCGCUAUUACUCCAUCUUUGGCUGCAAAAUAGUUAGUCGUUAUUUAUUGUUAUUUGGCAACAAAAAAUUUAAUUAGUCGCUAAAGGUUGCAGUAUUUAUUUUAGAAGGAAACAAAUUAUUUUUGGCGCUCGAUAUAUUUACACACUGUUCUGCCUCUCACACACACGCGCGAUAUACACUUCUGUCUCAGACACUACCAAACCUCACCUCCACUCACCACCAGCGUUCACCACCGACGCUCGCCACCGUCGCACUUCGCUACCACCACCUACAAAUCACCAUCGCCACAUAAUCACAAGUAUUUUUCUCUCUGUCGCUCUCGGGCUCUCUUCAUCUCUGUCACUCUUAGUCUCUCUCCCUCUCUAUCAAUCUCGCUCUCUCCAUCUAUGUCCAUCUCGGCCUCUCUCUUUCUCUCUCUCUCUCUCUUGGCUCUACUAGUUUCAAGUAUAUAUAUUGAACUCAAUUUGUUCACGACAUUAGCGUUUCUUUGGUGUCAGCAAAUGAAGAUGGGCUUAUGGGCCCAAUGGGUAGAAGAGGCACUUUCCAAGUUGGAAUCUCUGAAACUCCUCCGUUCUCUCAGACCCAUUCACCUCCCCAUCAAUGAACAAUUGAAACCCAUUGAUACCCAGAUGAAGAAUGCUUCAAACUACAAUGAAUUCGAGGUGUUCGACAGUUUGCGGCAAUGGGAUAAGGCAUCUAUUGAAGUAGUGAUUGCUGAUAGCACAUUUCAGAGACGGGUUCGUGAGAUUCCGAGUUGUG